CACUCCCGUGUACCAGAUCUUAGACUGGCAGUUUACUUAUAGAAAAAAUAUCUGGCUUGAUAUAUUUUGGAAUUAUCGAGUGUGAGGAAUUUCGAGAUUUUGUGGCUUCUCUUCGUAUAAAUGUCAAACUGUCUCUUUAAAUAGACACGGUGACAGAUGUUUGGUGAACCUUGACGUAAUUCAAUAUCAGAAUACAGCUUGACAAUCAAUCGAUGACUCUCAGGACUAAACAUUAUCGUCGAUAUACCAGGUCCAUGUCAACUGAUUGUACCACAAACAUCAUCGUCGAUAUUCCAGGCCCAUGUCAACUGAUUGUACCACAGCCAUCAUCGUCGAUAUCCCAGGUCCUUGUCAACUGAUUGUGCCACAACCAUCAUCGUCGAUAUACCAGGUCCAUGUCAACUGAUUGUACCACAACCAUCAUCGUCGAUAUCCCAGGUCCUUGUCAACUGAUUGUACCACAACCAUCAUCGUCGAUAUACCAGGCCCAUGUCAGCUGAUUGUACCACAACCAGCAUCGUCGAUAUCCCAGGUCCUUGUCAACUGAUUGUACCACAACCAUCAUCGUCGAUAUACCAGGCCCAUGUCAGCUGAUUGUACCACAACCAUCAUCGUCGAUAUCCCAGGCACAUGUCAGCUGAUUGUACCACAAUAAUCAUCGUCGGUAUAACAGAGUAUUUGACGUCAACAUAUGAUACAAUACAAGCCGUCAUGGUUGACUAGAUAUUUACCUGUCAGGUACACAUCACGACACACGUUUCUCACAGCAUCAAUGUAAUAUCAUCGCUAGGAGAGUUUCACAGACGGCGAACCAAGAGAUUGAUAAACGUGGAUUGAAACUUUUCAGGUAGGCCUACAGGUGAAAACAUUUGUGGAUAAACGUGGUUUGAAACGUUUUAGGUACAGGUGAAAACAUUUGUGGAUAAACGUGGUUUGAAACGUUUCAGGUACAGGUGAAAACGUAGGUUUUUAGGGACAAGGAAUGUUUCGGGUAGAAAGUGUCAGGAAUAUUUAGAUAAACGUGGUUUCCUGUACCAUUAUAAAGAAUAAACAUCAGGAAUUUUGUAGAAUCUAUCUGUUUUAUAUAUAUUUUACUGGGAUAAGCACGUAAAUGGGAAUAUCACAGGUGUCCUAAUUUCUCAUAAUUUACAACAAUAUUGACAAAGUUACGAUGAUAUAUUACAGGUAAAUAACGGUCGAUAACCCACAGUAUUAUAAAACGUAUCACUCAGGAUAGACUCAAACAGGAUUAAUAUACUAAAUAAACAUCUCCUAUUCUGUGUUCCUUACGGAGUUUGCAUUAACUGGUUUCUGUGACCGCCGGAGAAUAUUUGUAAAGGGCUCCAUUAUAAGGGUGACAGAGAUCUAGCGUGAGAAAUAGGGUUCAGACUACUGACAGUGAAUAUAGAAGGAUUGAGUUACCCUAACAUCAAAACAAGAAAAGGUUCAGUGAACAAUGACUAAAGGACUGACUAUAUACAUAGAAUAACUCUAGGAUUAAUAUCACUGGUGUAAGGAGUAUAGAUUCACAAAAGGGGACAUACUCAGCCCUCAAAAACUGAAACAAGGGUUGGAUUAGGAACCCUAUGGAUUAAUAUUUGUGGGAUUAGGAUAGAGUCAGUACAGGGAAUAUACUCAGCCCUAAACACUGAAAUAAGGAUUGGAUUAAAGCAGUAAGUGAGUGAUAAGGUCUGGUGUUUUAAGGAUAGUGUGUCCCUUACUGCAGGAUAUAAUCCACCAGAAACACAAACAUAACAAACGGAUAGGGGCUGGUGAUUAAGGAUUACUCCGGAUUAAGACAGUGAAUACAGGCGCUGGUGAUUAAGGAUUACGCCGGAUUAACACAGUGAACAAGGAUUAUUAAGGAUUUAAUAAAAGGAUUACAAAGGAAUCAAAAAUGUUCCCGAAUCGAGAACGAAGUGCAGUUAGUCUGUUUCAUAAAUUCUUCCUAUUUUUUUCCAACUGUAUAUUCUUGUUAGGAGGUUUGGCGCUUACAGGAGCUGGUAGCUAUGUUCUAUAUCUCAAGGAAAAGACAAUCAAUACAAUGAUAGAUUUCCUCUUCGAUCCGUCUGUGAUGAUCGUAUUAAUAGGAGCCAUUAUAAUGUUUGUGUCGUUUUUUGGACUUUUGGGAUCUCUACGUGAAAUAACAUGCUGUUUAAAAUUUUAUUAUAUAAUAUUAAUGAUCCUGCUCCUAUUAGAGAUAGCAGCUAUUGUAAUAGUAUUUGUAUUCUACUACGUACCAUCAGCCAGGACAACUCUAGGUUUAUACCCGGAAGAUACCCUAAAAGAUGCAAUCAUAAAAUAUAGAGAUGACGAAGAUAUGCAAAACUUUAUCGAUCAGCUUCAAAUACAGUUAAAAUGUUGCGGUGUUAGUAAUGAUGACGUUGGUUAUAUGGAUUGGAAUUCUAAUAUUUAUUUUAACUGUACGACUGAUACUUCCGGUCCGAGAAGUCCCGAGAGUUGUUCAGUACCAUUUUCAUGCUGCAAACUAGUCGCUGGACAAAAUUUGGAUUACCAGUGUGGUGGCGGAGUCAUGAGAACGGAUAGUGACCAAUCAAAGAUCUACACUAAGGGUUGUUUAAAGGGUCUAGAGGUGUGGUUAAACGAUAAUGCUCUAAUUAUUGGUGGUGUUGCUAUAGGGAUAUUGAUCCCACAGGCAUUCUUUAUUUACGUUGCCAAAACACUGACCUAUCAAAUAGAGGAACAGAAAUCAAAGUGGUGAGACGACGAUUCGAAUGAAAUCACGUGUUACAAUAGAAUUAACAUAAAACGAAUAUUAAAAGUCACAAUGAACCGAUGUAUGUUGAGAAUUUACACAAGGGUUCUAACAGAGAGAUUAUUCUAUUAAAAAUAACCAUUUAUACUUAUUAUAUAUUUAAUAUUCCAAUAUUACGUCCAUUCCUACACUCUUACAGUUCCGAUACUCUUACGGUUGCGACAGAUUGUACUUUUAUCCGGUAUUUCGAUGAAGAGUUAUAUUGUAAUUUGUGCCUAACAACAGCCAUUUGACAGGAAUUCCGGCGGUAAAAUGAGAAUUUAUUAUUAUUAUUAACACUUAUUAAAUCGGAAUACUAACACUCUGUCCAGUCUGUCGCUAAUACUCUGGUUAAAAUCACGUGUCAUAUAUUACUUCCCUUUAUUCAAUAUGACGUGCAGGUUAUUGGUGCAAUGUUAAAAUAAUACCCCUAUCGCAACUUUAAAAUGUACCACCGGAUCUAUAAAAAAAAACGGAACGAAAAGAUGCAUUAUGUUAGAUUUAGAUAAAGAGCUGAUCGUUCGUGCUAUAAUAGUUCAAAAAUAGAUAAUGCAAAAUGAAUAUAUUGAAAAUUUCAUUCGUAUUCCUUUUUUUUUCGUGCCCAGGCAAAGUUAUCACUGUUUGUAGUUUUAACAGGAUGCGUGCAUCGAUUGUUUAUCAUCGUAACAAGAGUACUGUAUAUUCGGGACUUCUCCCCGCUUCUCCUUUUUAAAUUAAAUCAUAAUUUAACCGAAGAGUUCUAAUCUACUUAAAAUCUGAGCCAUCUUAUUGUGAGCUUGUCUUAAAAUCGGAGCCAUCUUAUUCUAUGGAGAGUUGAUUAUGAGCUUGUCAUAUCUAUUAAUAAAUGUGUAAAUGAUAGCUCAUAUAACAUUUAAAGUCAAAUUAAGUCUUGAAAUGAGCCGAUUUGACUCUUACAUAAUGCAUCAUUUAAAAAAAGAACGAUAACUAAAAUACCAUGAAAGUAUUGACGUAAUAUGAUUUUAUAGUGUAUCCUUCCUUAAUCAAAUAUCUUAAAGGACAAUAUUGGUGUCAGUCCUUUAUUAUGUUAUAGAACUGGUUAAACACGUUCCAAAUAUGAUUUUAACACAGAGAUCAUUGCUAUGAUAGAUGCGUAAUAAAGAUUUUAAAUAACGGAAGUGACGAAAGCAAAAGGAAAACGCGAGUUAAACUUCUAUACAAAGGACGGAAGUGACGAGUGAUAACAGAUACAGGGGUGAAUUUCUGCAAGACCAAAAUUUGUCAUAUGAGACUGAUGGAGGAUAUGUGAUAAUGACUGACACCAAUGUUGUCCUUUAAUAAUGCUGUAUAAAUAUAUGUAUCUAGAAAGUGCCUUUAAUGUAUUUCCGUCUUGAAUAUUGUCAGGUUGUACAUUGUAUAUCCAUCUGAUUAAAACACAGAUCCUAUUUCGUUUCGUUUUUUAUAGUUCAAAAUUUCAUUUUACUUGUCUUCACUACACUAACAUCCGGAAAAGUUGUUAUAUAACCCGCGUUCUGAUUGAAGUGAGAGAUUAGCCAAUGAAACGGCCUGUUACGACGAGUUUUUGGUGUGAGGUGCACGGAACUGUGGGUAACCCACUAGAAAUAUCAAUGCUGAUUGGUUAAUAAAAUAUCUGACGUCAUAAGGCCAAAAAGCCGCUCGUUUGACCCCUGACACGACCUUCCACUACAACCGAUCAGAUCUUCAUGUAGUAUAGGCCAUCGAAUGUAAAAAAACGAACGAAAUAUAGAUGUGUAAUUUAAUUGGAUUGAUUUUGUGUAUGUAUUAUUGUAUAUAGGCAAGGAGCUGUGUAAAUAGGCUUUGUUAUUUGUCAUCUUGGCCUUCUCCACAAUUCAUUACUCGCACAAAACCACUAGGCUUACUCGGUUACACGUUCCCGAAAUAAAUUCCCUCAAUCCAAAACAAUAGUGACAAUCGAGUGAAAAGUGGAAUUUUGAACUACAACGCAUGCGUCGACUGCAUACCAAAAUAUAUCGACCAAUCAGACAGCUGAAACAUAAUCGUUGUGUUUAAUUACGUCACGAUUCUUCUCACACCAUCUUCGCUGUCGAGACUGAGUUCCACUUCACUCGAUUGUAAUUCUGUCAAUUCGGGACGUUCUGGGAGGAUAAUGGAGUAUCCCUGCUAAAUUCAUAUUACUGAAUGAUAGAGACCAUAAUAUGGCAUCACUGAAUGGCAGAGGCCAUAAAAUAUGGCGGCAGUUUGUCUUAUGUCGCUUUCGGUCUGAAGCCAAUCAAAUGUUGAGUUUUGCCACGAUUAUAAUGGCCUGACAAUAACCGAGGAACAUGCGAGGAGAAGGUCAAGAUAUCAUUUUUUAUUUAAGGCGUUGUAUAAUCGUCGUGUUAAAACUCAUUAAUAUAUAGAUAUAGUACAUUUUUAUGUUUUAAUUAUUUAUAAACAAAUAUAAAAAUGGUUUCACGCUCAAGCAUUUCUUGAUAUUUAUCCGGUCGGUCGUGUUAAAUAUUUAACUGUAUACAAUAAGAUUGCAGUAUACCGAAAAUGUGCUGUGGGCAACCUGAAAUGCUCUGCGGUCAACCUGAAAUGCUCUGUGGUCAAUCUGGAAUGCGCUAUGGUCAACCUGAAAUGUGCUGUGGUCAAUCUGAAAUGUGCUGUGGUCAACCUGAAAUGCUCUGUGGUCAACUUGAAAUGUGAUGUGGUCAAUCUGAAAUGUGAUGUGGUCAACCUGAAAUGCGCUAUGGUCAACCUGAAAUGUGCUGUGGUCAAUCUGAAAUGUGCUGUGGUCAACCUGAAAUGUGCUGUGGUCAAUCUGAAAUGUGCUGUGGUCAAUCUGAGAUGCUCUGUGGUCAACCUGAAAUGCGCUGUGGUCAACCUGAAAUGGGCUGUGGUCAACCUCAUAUUGGACAGUAAUGAACUGAUAUAAAAUGUAAAACAGGAGUUCCCAAUCCCAUUUCAACAACUCAGAAUGUUUGAGGUUCCUCUUUGACAACAAUGUCAACCAAAUCAUAGAAAAUAUAAAAGAAAAGACUUUAGUAUAGCGUCACGAAACAUUAUAACGUUCAGAUUAAAUAAAUUACUGGAUAACAUGACCAUUGAUUUUAAUGUUUUUAGAUCUCCCAAUCAAUUUAUUGAAACUGCCUCCGCCGCUCAACAAAUAUCUCGCCAACAAUCACGUGCCCUAACCUUGACAAAAAUUGAGCUGGCCUUAACUUUUAGAUUUAGCCGUUGCUCUUUGUCAAGUGGGACUACAAUCAGAUUUUAGCACUCAUCCUAAUGAUGGACACAAGAUCCAUCUACACACGUCUCGCUGUCCAGCUGUGUGAACUGCAAGGGGAAGACAACUCUGUUUGGGAGAUGUUCACCUAUAACUACUUAUAUUGUUGUUCAUAACAAGAAUUAUUUAUGUCCUAUAAAAAUGUUGAAAUUAUGUAAGAUAUUGUUACUAUUUUUAGCUGUUGGAAUUAUUUUAAUAUACGACAAUGUUUAUUAAUAAAACAAUUUUAGAUACUAAUGUUAA